UCUUGUGCUGCUGCUUCCAGAGCAGGUCGUUCCUCCCCGUGUGUCUGAGCUGAGCGGGGCUGUGGUAGCGCAGGGCUGGGAGCUGCUUGUGGUGGGAGAGGGAAGGGGAGAGAAGGGCUUGUGCAGAGAGAGGCUGGGACUGAGCUGAGCUGGCUGCUGGGCUUGGAGGUGCUCAGCGUGUGCUGGGCCGGGAGGUGCCUUGGCUUGCCCAGGCUUGGGUGCAGAGCUGCUGCUCCCGUGUCCCAUCCUCUGCUUGCCCCUGCCCUGUGUCCAGGUGAAGCUCCAGCAUCCAGACAUGUCCUGCUGCAACCCGUGCGUGCCCUGCCAGCCCUGCGGCCCGACCCCGCUGGCCAACAGCUGCAAUGAGUGCUGUGUCAGGCAGUGCCAGAGCUCCACCGUCGUCAUUGAGCCUUCCCCCGUGGUGGUGACCCUGCCCGGCCCCAUCCUCAGCUCCUUCCCUCAGAACACCGUUGUGGGCUCCUCCACCUCCGCUGCCGUUGGCAGCAUCCUCAGCUGUGAGGGAGUGCCCAUCAACUCUGGGUGCUUCGACCUCUCCUGCAUCACCAACCGCUACUGCGGCACCAGGUGCAGACCCUGCUAAAGCUGCUGCCAGCAUCCUCGGGCAAGGACCUCCACCACCUCCCACCAUGGAUCUGGACAGGAGAUAGAGCUUCGCGGCGCUGUUUCCUUCUCCCACUCUCCUCUCCAUUCCUUUCCUGUCUCCACCUCCUGCACCAGCCCAGUGGGGACCUCUUGGCCUCCCUCCCUCCCUGUGAGGGACAGGCAGGCGGACACCCUGCAGGAGCUGCACCGCAUCUUGGUGCCUGCCCCUGGUGCUCCCUGGGAGCCACCUCCUUUUCUUCUUUACACUCAUUAAAGUUGUGCUGCAUCCAA